GGGGGCAUCUGGUUCUGCCAGGCUGGAAAGCCGAGGCAGGAUUUGAGGAAGAAUCAUUAGAGUCGGGAGAGCCUGGACUCCGCUUCUGCUUCCCCCUCUCUGCUGCUGGCUGGUUCCAGCCCUUUCCUCCCUCCCCACGCGGCUGCCUGAGACCCGCCGGUGUGCGGGGCGGGGGACGAGGACCGAGCGGCUGCCGGAGUUCUGGGAAGUUGUGGCCGUCGAGGAUGGGGGUCUGUGGGUACCUGUUCCUGCCCUGGAAGUGCCUCGUGGUCGUGUCUCUCAGGCUGCUGUUCCUUGUACCCACAGGAGUGCCCGUGCGCAGCGGAGAUGCCACCUUCCCCAAAGCGAUGGACAACGUGACGGUCCGGCAGGGGGAGAGCGCCACCCUCAGGUGUACCAUAGAUGACCGGGUCACCCGGGUGGCCUGGCUGAACCGUAGCACCAUCCUCUACGCCGGGAACGACAAGUGGUCCAUAGACCCUCGUGUGAUCAUCCUGGUUAACACGCCAACCCAGUACAGCAUCAUGAUCCAGAACGUGGACGUGUACGACGAGGGCCCGUACACCUGCUCCGUGCAGACGGACAACCACCCCAAGACCUCCCGGGUGCACCUCAUCGUGCAAGUUCCUCCCCAGAUCAUGAAUAUCUCCUCAGACGUCACCGUGAAUGAGGGGAGUAGUGUGACCCUGCUGUGUCUUGCUAUCGGCAGACCUGAGCCAACGGUGACGUGGAGACACCUGUCAGUCAAGGACGGCCAGGGCUUUGUGAGUGAGGACGAAUACCUGGAAAUCUCUGACAUCAAACGUGACCAGUCCGGGGAGUAUGAAUGCAGUGCCCUGAAUGAUGUUGCUGCCCCUGAUGUGCGGAAAGUAAAAAUCACUGUCAAUUACCCGCCCUACAUCUCCAAAGCCAAGAACACGGGUGUCUCUGUUGGCCAGAAGGGCAUCUUGAGCUGUGAAGCCUCUGCAGUGCCCACGGCUGAGUUCCAGUGGUUCAAGGAAGAUACCAGGCUGGCCACCGGCCUGGACGGCGUGAGGGUCGAGAGCAGAGGCCACAUAUCCACACUGACCUUCUUCAACGUCUCAGAGAAGGAUUAUGGGAACUAUACCUGUGUGGCCACGAACAAGCUUGGGAAUACCAACGCCAGCAUCACACUGUAUGGGCCUGGAGCUGUCAUUGAUGGUGUAAACUCGGCCUCUAGAGCACUGGCUUGCCUCUGGCUAUCAGGGACCCUCUUUGCCCACUUCUUCAUCAAGUUUUGAUAAGAAACCAUAGGUCUUCUGAGCAACGCCUGCUUCUCCAUAUCACAGACUUUACCUACACUGCGGAGAGCAAACCAGUUUGGGCUUCUUUUUGUUUGUUUCUGUUCUUCUUCUUGAUUUGAUUUUUUCUUUGUUUGGUUGGUCUGUUUAUUUGAUUUUUCUAUCCAGU